AUGCUGCAGCUGCUGCUGCUGCCUCUGCUCUGGGGGACAGAGGGUGUGGAGGGAGAGGACUGGAAUUAUUACUGGAGUGAUUACAGGCUGCAAGUACAGAGUUUGGUGAUGGUGGAGGAGGGCCUGUGUAUCUUUGUGCCCUGCAGUGUUUUCUACCCCCAGGACAGCGGGACUGACUCUGAGCCAGCUCGCGGCUACUGGUUCAGGGAUGGAGCCAACACAAACCGGGAUCUUCCAGUAGCCACAAACGACCCAAAGCAAAAAGAGCAAAGGGAAACCCAGGGCCGAUUCCAUCUCCUCGGGGACCCACAGACCCAAAACUGCUCCUUGAGCAUCAGAGAUGCCAGGAGGAGGGACACAGGGACAUACUUCUUUAGGGUGGAGAGAGGAAAUAUGAAAUGGAGCUACAUGUCCAACAAGCUCUCUGUGAAUGUGACAGCCCUGACCCAUGUGCCCAACAUUGUCAUCCCGGUGACCUUGGAGUCUGGCCACCCCAGGAACCUGAUCUGCUCUGCACCCUGGGCCUGUGAGCAGGGGACACUUCCUACAUUCUCCUGGAUGGGGGACUCUGUGUCCCCUUCAGGCCUCACCAUCAACGGCUCCUCGAUGCUCACCUUCAUCCCGAAGCCCCAGGACCACGGCACCAACCUCACCUGUCAGGUGACCUUGCCUGGGGCCAGUGUGACCACAACAAGAACCAUCAGUCUCAACGUGUCCUACUCUCCCCAGAACUUGACUGUAACUGCCUCCCGAGGAGAUGGCACAGCAUCCACAGCCCUGGAGAAUGGCUCAUCUCUGUCCCUCCAGGAGGGCGAAUCUCUGCACCUGGUCUGUGCUGUUGACAGUAACCCCCCUGCCAGGCUGAGCUGGACGAGGGGGAGCCUGACUAUGUGCCCCUUGCAGCCCUUGAGCCCUGCGGUGCUAGAGAUUCCUGGAGUGCACCUGAGGGAUGAAGGAGAAUUCACCUGCCAUGCUCAGAACCCUCUGGGCUCCCAGCAUGUCUCCCUGAGCCUUUCCCUGCAGAGUGAGUGCUGGGGCCAAGCUCUGCUCGCAUCAGGAGUGAUGCUGGGGGCAGUUGCGGCAGCUGGUGCUAUGGCCGUGCUCUUCCUGUCCUUUUGCAUCAUCUUCAUCACGGUGCGGUCCUGCAGGAAGAAAUUGGCAAGGCCAGCAGCUAGCACGGGGGAUACAGACAAGGAGGAUGCAAAUGCUGUCAGGGGCUCAGCCUCUCUGGGUUUCCUGACUGAAUCCCAGGAGUAUGACAGCCCCCGGUUCCAGCUGUCCCCAGCGGUGGCCGCCCCCUCCUCAGAAGGGGAUAACGAGAUCCAUUAUGCAUCCCUCAGCUUUGAGGGGAUGAAGCCGAGAGACCCAGAGAGACAGGAGGCCACCAGCAGUGAGUACUCAGAGAUCAAGGUCCACAAAUGA